AUGGGACGUGACUAUCGUGGAUCCUCUGGGGAGCCUCAACAACAUCAUGAUGCUGACGAGGCAGAGAGUCUCUCCACAUCAGAACAUCUCAAGCGGAAACCCACACGGAAGAAAUCUCACCACUUGACUGACUGUGGGAAGAGUUAUUCAAGAUCAGAUUCAGUAAAAGUACACCAGAGAUUUCACACAGGUGAUACAGCUCAUUGCUCUGAUUGUGGGAAGAGAUUCACCUCUUCAGCAGACCUAAAAAGACAUCAGAGAAUCCAUACAGGAGAGAAACGUAAUAGCUGUGAUCAAUGUGGGAAGAGGUUUAAUGCUCCAAGCAGCCUGAAAACACACCAGAGAAUACACACGGGAAAGAAACCUUAUAGCUGCUCUGACUGUGGGAAGACCUUUUCAAAAUUAUAUACAUUACAAUCACACCAGAGAAUUCACACUGGAGAGAAACCUCAUAGCUGUAAUCAAUGUGGGAAGAGUUUUACUACAUCUAGCCAUCUGACUAUUCACCAGAGAACACACACAGGAGAGAAACCUUAUAGCUGCACUGACUGUGGGAAGACAUUUUCUAAAUUAUAUACAUUACAAUCACACCAGAGAAUUCACACUGGAGAGAAACCUCAUAGCUGUAAUCAAUGUGGGAAGAGUUUUACUACAUCUAGCAAUCUGACUAUUCACCAGAGAACACACACAGGAGAGAAACCUCAUGGCUGUGAUCAAUGUGGGAAGAGUUUUACUACAUCUAGCAUUCUGACUAUUCACCAGAGAACACACACAGGGGAGAAACCGUAUAGCUGUAAUCAAUGUGGGAAGAGUUUUGUUACAUCCAGCAAUCUGACUAUUCACCAGAGAACACACACAGGAGAGAAACCAUAUAGCUGUAAUCAAUGCGGAAAGUGUUUUGCUCAUGCAGGCAACCUGGUAGCACACCUGAGAAUACACACGGGAGAGAAACCUUAUAGCUGUGAUCAAUGUGGGAACAGUUUUGUUACAUCUAGCCAUCUGACUACACACCUGAGAACACACAGGAGAGAAACCUCAUAGCUGUCAUAAAUGUGGGAAGAGAUACUCUGAUAAAAGAUCUGUGAUUUAAACAUCAGAAAAUACAUGAAGUAGUUGUUUCAUGAAAUACUGUCACAAUGUAGAACGUUUUAACAUCACAGAAGGAGUAUUUAAUAUCACAAUGUACAAUGUUUUUAAAAUUGUAGUAAUGUAACCUUUAUUUAACUAGGCAAGUCAGUUAAGAACAAAGUCUUAUUUACAAAAUGUAAUUAAAAAGACGUUGAAAAGAAGACCAUACCUGACAUCCAAUAUAAUUUCAACGUACUUGCAGCCUAUACACAUGGACUAUCAAAAAUUGGUCUAUGAACAAUUUUAUUGACAGUUACAUCACUCCAGUAUUUACACACAGUAUUUCUUUACAACAUUGUAGUGCUAAUUGUCUUUAUUCCACUACUGAAUAAGCAUGUCUCAAAUCACCUCAUAUUUCAAACAUCCAGCCUGACAAAAGAUACAUUUUUAAUUAUUCCAUGCCUCACCAUUAAGUGAAUUAUUGCCAAUACAUAUUAACAAAGGGGUGUACAUUUGGUUUUGAUAUUUCAUAUUUUACAUUUCAUGUAACAUUUUCAACCAACUGACAAUUUUUUUGUACAGUUAUUGUUUAGUAACAAUGUAGUAAGCAAGCUUAUAUGUUGUGUUGGAUAUUACAUCCUAUUCUUACUAUUUUAAUCAACGUCAUUUCCUUAGAAUGCUCAUUAGUCUUUCAGUUUGUUAUUCUAUAGUUUUAAUCCUCUUAUGUUUGUUGUGUAGCAAAUAUUAAAGUUUUUAUUUUCAUA